AUGUCAAGCAUAGGACAAAACGCAUCACGUAAAGUGGAGAUGGAGGGCAGCGCCAGUCCUUCAAGCCCAGUCAGCGUCAACGUUACAGAGAAGGAGAAGCAAGCCCUACGAAGUCAGCGCUUCAGCACGACACCAGGGCCCCGCAAGAUGGAAACGCAGAGUGCCAAAACCUCACCAGAUGCAGAUUUGUCACCAGGUGAUGUUGUGAUAACCGUGGACGAGGGGGCCCGGAAGUUGGAGGGCAAGGGCUCGGCAGUCGUGAGUGUAGAGGAGCCAAAGGCGGCCACCUCGUCUUCGGGGCCAGCGCCCAAGCCAGCGUCAGGUGAGCCGAAGGCUGCGGCUGCUGCAGCACCCGCAGAAGCUUCUAAGCCUGCCGUAGCUGACCCCAAGGCGGUCGCGACAGCGACCCCAGCAGCUCCAAAGCCGGCAGAGCCCAAGGCCAGCCAAGCAGCUGCGCCCGAGCAACCAAAGGAAGCGGCGCCGCCGGCCAAGCCAGCGGCUGCAGCGAAGGCGGCUGGUGGUGUCGCUCGGUCGGCAGUAGUUGCAGCUGCCAAGGAUGCUGCAAAGAGCACUUCGGUGACUUCUUCUGGCAAGGCGGCGCCUAAGAUAGCAGAGGCUGAGGCAGCCACAUCAUCUUCCCCAGCAGCACCUAAACCAGCGUCAGUUGAGCCGAAGGCAGCUGGUGGUGUCGCUCGGUCAGCAGUGGUUGCAGCUGCCAAGGAUGCUGCAAAGAGCACUUACGUGACUUCUGCUGGCCAGGCGGCGCCUAAGAUAGCAGAGGCUGAGGCAGCCACAUCAUCUUCCCCAGCAGCACCUAAACCAGCGUCAGUUGAGCCGAAGGCAGCUGGUGGUGUCGCUCGGUCAGCAGUGGUUGCAGCUGCCAAGGAUGCUGCAAAGAGCACUUACGUGACUUCUGCUGGCCAGGCGGCGCCUAAGAUAGCAGAGGCUGAGGCAGCCACAUCAUCUUCCCCAGCAGCACCUAAACCAGCGUCAGUUGAGCCGAAGGCAGCUGGUGGUGUCGCUCGGUCAGCAGUGGUUGCAGCUGCCAAGGAUGCUGCAAAGAGCACUUACGUGACUUCUGCUGGCCAGGCGGCGCCUAAGAUAGCAGAGGCUGAGGCAGCCACAUCACCUUCCCCAGCAGCACCUAAACCAGCGUCAGUUGAGCCGAAGGCAGCUGGUGGUGUCGCUCGGUCAGCAGUGGUUGCAGCUGCCAAGGAUGCUGCAAAGAGCACUUACGUGACUUCUGCUGGCCAGGCGGCGCCUAAGAUAGCAGAGGCUGAGGCUCCAAAGCAGAAACCGGGCUCGGCACCAGCAGCAUCAAAGCCACCGGCGAAGCCGGCUGUGCAAAGCCCGCCACCGAAGAAUUUGGCUCCAGGCAAGGCAGUGCCCCCGAAAGCGGUGGAAGCAAAAGCACAGCAGAGGCCAAUUAGCUCUGGCGAAAAGAGGAAGGCGUUGAUGAUGGGCAUGCUCCAGCGCCAGGCCUCGCGGCGACCGCGACCUGCACUUCUGGUCUCUGGAGGUGCUCAAGCCUUGUCGGAGGUGGCUGAAGAGAUCCAGUUUCAGCAGAAGUGGUACAAUCAGAAUCGGAAGCGCUGGAUGCCAUAUCUGCCUGAAGAGUCCAAAAAAUUCCGACCUGUGGCGCCCUUCUGCAUGGAGAGGGCCAAGGAGCUGGAGGACUAUCUCAGAGAUCCCAGCGAUGGGCUGCAAAUCUCCAGCCAUUUGAUGGCCACCGAGACGCUCGAGGUACUGGCCAAAGCUGCCAAUGAUGCUGCGGCCGCCGCCUCAUUGCAGCGCAUUGCUGCAGAGAUCUCCUUGGAAUCACAUGGUUAUGAGCCAGUCCGACGCUUGGGAGGCUCCACCACAGCCACGGUGAUGGUGGUGCAUCGGCUGGGUGUGCCCGAGCAGCAGUUCGUGGUAAAAGCCAUGGCCUUGCGUGGUAUGGAUGAACAGGAGCGAAGACGUGCAUUACAAGAAGUGAAGAUUUUGAAGAGUUUGACGCAUGAGUGCAUCAUCGAGUAUAUCGAAUUUUGGUGGGUCGGCGCUGGCCCUGACUCAAGCCGCCUCACAUUUGUGAUGGAGUGCGGUGAGAAUGGAGAUUUGCGAGUGCCCGUGCAGGCAGCCAGUCAAUCUGGACAAUACAUUGAAGAGGUACUGAUACUAAGUUGGUUGCAGCAGAUGCUGAAAGGGUUGGAAUAUGUGCAUCAGAAGGAUAUCAUUCAUCGAGAUUUGAAGGCAAUGAACAUUUUUCUGAAAGACACAUGGCGAACAUGCAAGCUGGGUGACUUUGGCAUUUCAACUGCCGUGGAAACUGGCAAAUCGGCAUCUGGCUGUGUGGGCACUCCUGCAUAUAUGGCACCCGAACUUCUCUGGAAUCAAAGAUAUGCAUCUGCAGUGGAUCUGUGGGCUAUUGGCGUGGUGCUCUACGAAUUGAUGGCAUUGAGGUUGCCGUUUGUUGGCUCCAACGUGCUAUCUCUUGUGUACCAGAUUGCAUUCAACAGCUAUGAUGAUGCUCCGCUGGGGAUGGGUGGCUAUUCGCCUGCAUUGAUUGAACUUGUGGCAAGAUUUCUUGACAAAGAUCCGACCAAGCGGCCAGAUGCAGCUCACUUGCUAGCCGAGGGCACUCUAUGGGAGACUUUUUCGUGCGAAGCUGCCAACUUAUCUGCCACCAUGUCCUUCAACCAGAGCAUGUCACAGUCACAGUCUUUCUCCAGUGGACAGGUAGCGACGGUAGUGGAAGCCCGCCAAGAUGCCAAAGAAAUGCCCGGCAUCAAUGCUGAACAGACCAGAUUUCCUGAUCUAGCCACUGGCACUGGGAGUUCGUGGGGCGAGGCGAUUGCGAUCCUGGGUUCCAUGGCCAGUGAUGCUGCUUCAAUCUAUGGCCUGGCUGACCAACCCAUCCCCGCCGCACUAGUGACAGCCGAAACAUUGGGCAGUGUUGUCUCUGAUGCCAAAGUGUGGGAAGAAUUGUUGCGAACCCGGCAGGAUAGUGACAGUAUUUCCAUGGAUCGCUUCGAGGAUCUUCUGAAAUCCAUCGGCAACGCCCCAGCUCCAAGCGCCCCUCCGGCACCACCGCUGCAGCAGGAGCUGAAUCCUCCAGGAGACGUCGAGGCACACCUGGCGCGGGCAGCCGAAGAUGCGGCACCUGCGGCGUCCUUGCAGCGAAUGGCGGCGGAAAUUUCGUUGGAAUCCCAUGGCUACCAAGCAAUUCGACGCUUGGGAGGCUCCACCACAGCCACGGUGAUGGUGGUGCAUCGGCUGGGUGUGCCCGAGCAGCAGUUCGUGGUAAAAGCCAUGGCCUUGCGUGGUAUGGAUGAACAGGAGCGAAGACGUGCAUUACAAGAAGUGAAGAUUUUGAAGAGUUUGACGCAUGAGUGCAUCAUCGAGUAUAUCGAAUUUUGGUGGGUCGGUGCUGGCCCUGACUCAAGCCGCCUCACAUUUGUGAUGGAGUGCGGUGAGAAUGGAGAUUUGCGAGUGCCCGUGCAGGCAGCCAGUCAAUCUGGACAAUACAUUGAAGAGGUACUGAUACUAAGUUGGUUGCAACAGAUGCUGAAAGGGUUGGAAUAUGUGCAUCAGAAGGAUAUCAUUCAUCGAGAUUUGAAGGCAAUGAACAUUUUUCUGAAAGACACAUGGCGAACAUGCAAGCUGGGUGACUUUGGCAUUUCAACUGCCGUGGAAACUGGCAAAUCGGCAUCUGGCUGUGUGGGCACUCCUGCAUAUAUGGCACCCGAACUUCUCUGGAAUCAAAGAUAUGCAUCUGCAGUGGAUCUGUGGGCUAUUGGCGUGGUGCUCUACGAAUUGAUGGCAUUGAGGUUGCCGUUUGUUGGCUCCGACGUGCUAUCUCUUGUGUACCAGAUUGCAUUCAACAGCUAUGAUGAUGCUCCGCUGGGGAUGGGUGGCUAUUCGCCUGCAUUGAUUGAACUUGUGGCAAGAUUUCUUGACAAAGAUCCGACCAAGCGGCCAGAUGCAGCUCACUUGCUAGCCGAGGGCACUCUAUGGGAGACUUUUUCGUGCGAAGCUGCCAACUUAUCUGCCACCAUGUCCUUCAACCAGAGCAUGUCACAGUCACAGUCUUUCUCCAGUGGACAGGUAGCGACGGUAGUGGAAGCCCGCCAAGAUGCCAAAGAAAUGCCCGGCAUCAAUGCUGAACAGACCAGAUUUCCUGAGCUGGUUCCAUCAGCGUCGCUCGAUAGCAUUUCUGGAGAACCUCAUGAUAAAUCUGCAGUUCUGGCCACCGAGACGCUAGGAAGCUGGGUGUCUCAAGAGCAGCUUUGGGAUGGUCUGCAGCGCUCUCGCCAUGACAGUGAUACUGUGGAUCGCGGUCAGUUGGACAAAUUGCUGCAGCAGCUGCAAGACAUGCUGCCUGCGGUACCUGACCAAGGAGUGGAGCAACCUUCACCGCCAGCUCCGCCAGAGGAGGAUUCUUUCAAGCUGGCUGCGCGGGUUGACCUCUUUUUGAAGCGCCGAGGAGUUCAGUGAAGUGGGCCAAACAACUUGGCCGAUGGCCAAAGUGCCAGCUGGUUGCGGAUGGUUGCCAUGAUUUACGGAUGGUUUCGGAUGGUCACGGUGGUUUCGCUUUUCAAUGCCG